AUGAUCAAUACGGUAUCGAAGUCAGCUGAGUGUUGCGAUCGGAUUGCUGUCGCGCACAACAUAAUUGAUUUCGAAAUGGAGGCUGCCGUGGCAUGUGGUAAACUCACUUGCAUCGGUACCAAGAAGAUAUGUGAUUAUGCAGAUGGUCAUAAGCAUGAAAGCUGGUAG